AUGCUGCCCUUACGAGCUUUGAAGACUUUGCGACUUCAGCACAUCACUCGGAAGUGUUUAUAUACUUCAGCAUUACGCUAUCAAAACCCUUCCUCCAGUGAACCGUUUUUAAAUGGAACUUCAUCCAAUUAUUUAGAAGACAUAUAUGAAGCAUGGCUUCGAAAUCCUGACAGUGUACACAAGUCAUGGGACAUUUAUUUCAAAUGUUUAGCUUCUGGAGCUACCCCAGGAAAUGCUUACGUUCAGCCACCUACUUUGGGUAAAGAAGGUUUGAAAUUGGCACAGUUAGCUCCACAAAUCACUGCACAGACAGCGGCACCGAGUCUUAAAACCAUUGAAGACCACCUCUGUGUUCAGGCUAUAAUCCGUUCGUAUCAAUCUCUAGGUCAUCGCAUCGCCGAUCUCGACCCGUUGGGGAUAUUGUCUGCCGAUCUGGACGAUUCUAUACCCCCCGAGUUGUCGUUGAGUUUCUACAACCUUGGCGAGCCCGAUCUGGAUAAGACGUUUAGGCUUCCACCUACCACACAUAUCGGAGGUGAUAAGCAGGAACUUACUCUACGAGAAAUCAUUAGGCGUUUGGAGAAUGUUUACUGCAAACAUAUUGGUAUUGAGUAUAUGUUUAUUAAUAGUUUAAAUAAAUGUGAUUGGAUAAGACGAAAAUUUGAAACACCUGGUUCAAUGGAUUUAUCAUCUGAAGAGAAACGUUUAAUAUUAGCUCGUCUUGUCCGUUCAACGCGUUUCGAAGCAUUUUUAGCAAAGAAAUGGAGUUCGGAAAAACGUUUUGGACUUGAGGGAUGUGAAGUUUUAAUACCAGCAAUGAAAGCUGUCAUCGACUCAUCGUCUGCUCUUGGUGUUGAAAGUUUUGUAAUUGGAAUACCACAUCGUGGAAGGUUAAACGUUCUAGCCAACGUUUGUCGUAAGCCUUUGGAUGAUAUAUUUUGUCAGUUCGACUCUAAAUUGGAAGCUUGUGACGAAGGCAGCGGUGAUGUAAAAUAUCAUUUAGGCAUGAGUCAUCAACGAUUAAAUCAUAUGACAGGCAAGAUGAUUAAUCUUUCAGUAUGUGCUAAUCCAAGUCACUUAGAAGCUGUUUGUCCGGUCGCUCAAGGUAAAACCAAAGCUGAACAAUUUUAUCGGGGUGAUACUGAUGGAAAGAAAGUUAUGUCAAUUUUAAUUCAUGGUGAUGCAGCAUUCAGUGGUCAAGGUGUUGUUUAUGAAACCUUCCAUCUUAGUGAUCUACCCUCUUACACAACUAAAGGUACCAUUCAUAUUGUUGUGAAUAAUCAGAUUGGUUUUACCACUGACCCUCGUAUGGCUCGUUCAUCACCAUAUUGUACUGAUGUUGCUCGGGUUACAAAUUCACUUAUUCUUCAUGCAAACGCUGAUGAUCCUGAAUCAGUCAUGCAUGUUGCAAAAGUUGCUGCUGAAUGGCGUUCUGAAUUCGGAAAAGAUGUUGUAAUUGAUCUUGUCUGUUAUCGCCGUUCAGGUCAUAAUGAAAUGGAUGAGCCAAUGUUUACUCAACCACUUAUGUAUAAACGUAUUCGUGAACAACCAACUGUUUUAGAACAAUAUAGUAAAAAGUUAAUUGAUAGUGGAAUUGUCACUGAACAGGAAUUUAAGGAUGAAGUGGCUAAAUAUGAUCAGAUAUGCGAAGAUGCUUACGAAUUAGCUAAAAAACGGACAGUUACACAUAAUCGUGCUUGGAUUGAUUCUCCAUGGCAUAAUUUCUUCGAAAAUAAAAAUCCGAUGUAUUUACCUAACACGGGAGUAGAAAACCAUGUCUUAGAACAUAUUGGUCAUGCAAUUAGUGAACCUCCUGAAGGUAUGAUUAUUCAUCCAGGUUUGAAACGUGCACUCAAGGAGCGCAAAGAUUUAUUAGAACAGAAAACAGCUAAUUGGGCUCUUGGUGAAUUGUUCGCUUACGGAUCAUUGCUAAGAGAGGGUAUUCACGUUAGACUAUCAGGUCAAGAUGUGGAACGUGGAACGUUUUCACAUCGACAUUGUGUUUUACACGAUCAGGAAGUUGAUAAGAAAACAUAUGUUCCGCUUAACCAUCUUUAUCCUUCACAAGCACCAUUUACUGUAUGCAACUCGAGUUUAUCUGAAUACGCAGUAAUGGGCUUUGAGUUGGGUUACUCAUUGACAAACCCUGAAGCUCUCGUUAUAUGGGAAGCUCAGUUUGGUGAUUUCAACAACACUGCUCAAUGUAUAAUUGAUCAGUUUAUUUCUUCUGGUCAACAAAAAUGGGUACGUCAAUCAGGAAUAGUUCUUUUGCUUCCACAUGGUUAUGAAGGUAUGGGUCCAGAACAUUCUAGUGCACGUAUCGAACGAUUCUUGCAGAUGUGUAAUGAUGAGGAAAAUCAUGUCCCCGUUUAUAGCGAUAAUUUUGUCAUGCAACAGUUACAUGAUACAAAUUGGAUUAUUGCAAACUGUACUACACCAGCGAAUUUCUUCCAUAUUUUACGACGACAAAUUCUGCUACCGUUCCGUAAACCACUGAUUGUCUUCACUCCCAAGUCAUUGUUACGUCAUCCGGAUGCAAGAUCGCCGUUCUUUGAUAUGCUUCCAGGCUCAGAGUUCCAACGCUAUAUUCCUGACAGUGGUCCAGCUUCACAGAAACCUGAAAAUGUGAAGAAAUUAAUUAUUUGCAGCGGCAAAAUUUAUUAUGAGUUAGAUAAAGAACGCAGAUCGAUUAAUCGAGAGGCAGAUAUAGCUAUCAGCCGAGUAGAACAAUUGACUCCUUUUCCAUAUGAUUUGAUUCAACAAGAUUUAGAACGUUAUCCAAACGCUAUUAUUCAGUGGGUACAAGAGGAGCAUAAAAAUAUGGGACCAUGGAGUUAUGUACAACCAAGAGCUAAUCAUUUAAUAUUUAGAACAAUGCCUAAUCGUCUUCACAAUAAAAUUUUAUAUGCCGGUCGACAACCUAGUGCUGCUACAGCUGCUGGGAAUAAAGCAAUGCACUUGAUGGAGAUCUCUCAUUAUCUGAAAAAUGCUCUGUCAUUAUCUUAG